GGGUUGGACUGGCGGCCGUGGAGUUUGUGACACACUAGGUGACACCCCUCGAGUCACUUCCUUUCAACUCCAGCUGGAGCGCCUGCCUGUUUGGGGUCCGCUCGGCAGCCUUCACCCCCCUCCUAACCCCAGGGCCGAACUCCGGCACGGAGCCCAGCCCGGUGCAGCGCGCCAGCAGCCGCCCAGCCCGUCCAGAGUGGCCAGAGCUCCCCGGCAGCCCGAGCCAUGAACACCGAAAUGUAUCAGACCCCCAUGGAGGUGGCGGUCUAUCAGCUGCAUAAUUUCUCCAUCUCCUUCUUCUCUUCCCUGCUUGGAGGGGAUGUGGUUUCCGUUAAGCUGGAUAACAGUGCCUCCGGAGCCAGCGUGGUGGCCUUAGACAACAAGAUCGAGCAGGCCAUGGAUCUGGUGAAGAAUCAUCUGAUGUAUGCUGUGAGAGAGGAGGUGGAGGUCCUGAAGGAGCAGAUCCGAGAGCUGGUGGAGAAGAACUCCCAGCUGGAGCGUGAGAACACCCUCUUGAAGACCCUGGCAAGCCCAGAGCAGCUGGAGAAGUUCCAGUCCCGUCUGAGCCCUGAAGAGCCAGCUCUCAAAUCCGAAGAGUCCAAGGCCCCUGGUGGUUCUGCAGUGUAAGUGGCUCUGUCCUCAGGGUGGGCAGAGCCACUAAAUUUGUUCUACCUAGUUUUUUCCAGUUUGUUUUUGGCUCCCCAAGCGUCAUCUCACGUGGAGAACUUUACACCUAGCAUAGCUGGUGCCAAGAGAUGUCCCGAGGACAUGGCCACCUGGGUCCACUCCAGUGACAGACCCCUGACAAAGAGCAAGUCUCUGGAGGCUGAGUUGCAUGGGGUCUAGUAACCCCAAGCCAGUGAGCCUCUAAUGCCAUGGCACCCUGGGGGCUCCCAGGGCCUGGGCAACUUAGCUGCAACUGGCAAAGGAGAGAGGUAGCUUGAGAUGGGACGCCAGUUUUCUCCAGAAAGUAUAGGGGGUCUGUUUUUCAUUUCCAUUGACAUCUUUAACAGUUUCACCUAACAGCAACUGUUCCUAUGAAGAAGCAACUUGUGUUUUAAGCAGAGGCAACGUCUCUCUUCUCUCCUGCCUCGCCAAGGCCAGGGGCACGGAUGGGAGAGACUGAGCCGAGCCAGCCUUCUGCUGGUUACUAUGGUAUAGUGCAUGGCUUUGUGCACAGCCCAGUGUGGGAUCACAGCUUUGGGAUGACCGCUUACAAAGUUCUGUUUGGUUAGUGUUGGCAUAGUUUUUCUAUAUAGCCAUAAGUGCGUAUAUACACUCAUAGGGCUAGAUCUAUAUCUUAGUGUAGCAAUGUAUACGUAUCCACAUACACCUACAUGUUGAAGGGCCUAACCAGCUUUAGGAGUACUGACUGGUCCCUUAUCUCUUAGGGCUAAUCCUUUGACUGUGUUCAUUUACCAAGUUGAUCCAGUUUGUCCUUUAGGUUAAGCAAGAGUAAAGGCAGGGAGAGGGGCCAGCCUCUGAGCGUGGCCACAGAUGCCUUGCUGCUGCAGCCCUUUCCCCAUCUGUCCACUGAAAACAUGUGAAAUCCUCUUUUGAACGCCAAACCCACCAUUCAUUGGUGCUGACUACAUAGAAUGGGGUUGAGAGAAGAUCAGUUUGUACUUCAUAGUGUCAUUUGAAAACUUUUUUGUUUUUUGAUUUUUGUGGAAAACUUUAGGGUGAACAGAACGAUGGUGUCCUACUGUUGACGAAGGAGGGACAAGGGAAUGGCUUUGAUCCCAUGGGGCCUGGGGGAUGUACCCAGGGAGCUUGUCUCUAGGGGGUUCUGUGAUAGUGAACACUUUCCACUUUCUGACACCUUAUCCUGAUGUAUGUCUCCAGGAUUUGGAUUUUGAUUUUUCAAAUGUAGCUUGAAGUUUCAAUAAACUUUGCUCUUUUUUUUCUAAAAAUAAA